AUGCUGAGCGUGCUGCGAGUGCAUCUGCCGUCGGACAUCCCGAUCGCGGGGUGUGAGCUGUGCCCGUACGUGCUGCUGCGCAAGCCCGAUGGCACCAUCACCACGGAGGACAUUCCCGACACCAACCCCAUCGAUGGCUACUACAUCCGCUGCCGCUGGUACCGCGUGCAGAGUGAUAAAAGAGUCGCGGUGUGCUCCGUGCACGGCAAUGAACCCGCCACUCUCCAGUGCCUGGGGUGCGUGAAGGCCAAGCUGCCCAUCGCGCGCAGCUACCACUGCUCGCCGCUCUGCUUCCAGGCCGCCUGGCCGCGCCACCGCGCCCUGCACUCGCGCGGACUCGGCGGAAGCACCCAUGGCAGCAGCGACGGGACGCUCCCAGGGGAGAUGACCUCCGGGGGGGCUGCUGGGGGGCCCGCGGGGGGGGUUGGCGGGGCGCAGAGGCGGGAGAACGGUGCGACGGCGGAGGAGGAGGAGCUGUUUGGGAAGUUCAACAGCGGGAAUGGGACUACGGGGCUGGCGGGAGCAGGGGCGCAGGGGGGCAUGGGGAACGGCGCGCCUGGAGGGGGGUACGGGCAGGGGGAGCAGCAGCAGGGGGCGCAGCAGGGGAUGCAGGGGAUGCAGCGGCCAAUGGGGGGGGGAUUCGCGCACAGGCCGCCAGGGGGCCUCGCGUACCAGUCUGACACCACCGGAGGGGGCUCCAACGCUAGUGGUGGCGGCAGUGGGGAGGUGUGGUUCGAAGUGGGGCGGGGGAAACCCUACACGCCCACCACGGACGACGUAGGCCACGUGCUGAAGCUCGAAUGCGUCCCCAUUGAAGCUGCCACCGGCCUCCCCGUCGCGCCCCCAUCCACCCUCCUCACCUCCCGGGUCAUCCCCGCGCCGUCCCCUACCCCCCGGCGGAUGGUUUCUGUGGGGGCCGGGGAGGGGGAGAUGGGGGGCGCGCGCGGAGGGGGAGGGGGAGGAGGAGGGGGGGGCUUCACGGUGCUGUCAUACAACGUGCUGGCAGACCUGUAUGCGACGAGUGAGAUGUACAGCUACUGCCCGCCCUGGGCGCUCUCCUGGGCCUAUCGCAAACAAAAUCUGCUCAGGGAGCUGAUGGGGUACCGGGCAGAUAUCAUGUGUUUGCAGGAGGUGCAAAGCGAUCAUUUCGAGGAGUUCUUUGGGCCCGAGCUGGAGAAGCAGGGGUAUGCGUCUGUGUUCAAGAAGAAGACUGCCGAGGUGUACACAGGGACGGCCUAUGCCAUUGACGGCUGUGCUACCUUCUUCCGCCGGGACCGCUUCUCCCUCGUCAAGAAGUACGAGGUGGAGUUCAACAAGGCAGCGCUUUCACUCUCUGAGGCCCUCGCACCUCCCACAAAGAAGGCUGCUCUCAACCGCCUGCUCAAGGACAAUGUAGCGUUGAUAGUGGUGCUAGAGGCGAGGGACGCAGGGGGGGCAGACGGCAAGGAUGGGGCUAAUGCGCCUCCCGCCAAGAGACAGCUGCUCUGUGUGGCGAACACGCACAUCCACGCCAAUCCUGAGCUCAAGGACGUGAAGCUGUGGCAGGUGCACACACUGCUGAAGGGUCUAGAGAAGAUUGCAGCCAGUGCGGACAUCCCCAUGCUGGUGGCAGGGGACUUCAACAGCGUGCCGGGCAGCGCUCCCCACUCACUACUCGCUACAGGACGAGUCGAUGCCAACCACCCAGAGCUCGCUACCGACCCUCUCGGCAUCCUGCGCCCCGCUUCUAAGCUUUGCCACCAGCUGCCGCUGGUCAGCGCAUACGCAUCGUUGAGCCGCGGGGGUUCAGUGGCAGAGAGGCAGCGGCGGCGCAUGGACGCGAGCAGCAGCGAGCCGCUGUUCACAAACGUGACUCGCGACUUCAUGGGCACCCUGGACUACACCUUCUACACCGCAUACCGUAGUGCGGCAACACCUUGCCCCUAUCCGAGCAGCCGCGAGCCGCUCUUCCCGAACCUGACUCAUUACUUCAUGGGCACUCUGGACCACAGCUUCUAUACCACCGACUCCCUGUCAGUGGAGUCAGUGCUGGAGCUGCUGGAUGAGGACAGUGUGCGCAAGGACACCGCACUGGCCUCCCAGUCCUUCAUCUGUGUACCUCCACUCCCUUUCCCCUCAUUCCCUUUUCUUCUCCCCUCACUGCAGCCGACUCCCUCCGACUCCCUGUCGGUCGAAUCCGUUCUCGAGCUCCUGGACGAAGACAGUGUGCGCAAGGACACCGCGCUGCCCUCCCAGCCCCUAAUCUUUUUCUCUGCUCCUCGCAUUUCUUUCUCCCACUGCAGCCGACUCCCUGUCGGUCGAAUCCGUUCUCGAGCUCCUGGACGAGGACAGUGGCGAGCGAGUGGCAGAAGGCAUGGGAGAGAAGAGAGUGCAGCGGGGGUUGUCAGAGCAGCAGAUUCAGGGGGGCCGUCCCAAGCGAAGCAGGACUAUUCUUUUACAGACGAGGGGCCCUCUGUGGAGGUCCGCGUGCCGAUCCCUGCUGCUCUCCGGCCAAUCCAAGCGCGCCACGUGGCAGUGAGCGUGCAGGAGGACGCGCUGUCGGUGGCUGUGACGCCGCCAGCUGGCUUCGGAAGCAAAGAGGGCGCGGUGAAGGGCAAGGAGGGGCGGGAGCGAUCGCUGCUGGCAGCGAGUCCGCUGUAUGGGCGGGUGAAGGCGAGCGAGAGUGCGUGGUACAUUGACGACACAGAGAUUGCCUGGCCGACCCUGAUCAAGGGCUGGGAGGCACUGGCAGGGGCGGUGGCCAAUCAGCUCAAGAGCUGCUCCGUGCUGCUGGUGGGCGGCAGCUCUCGUCUCAAUGCGGCUGUUGCUGCAGAGAUGGCUACGGGGCUAGGCUAUGCACCAAUCAUGACGCAGCAGCUGGUGGAGCAACUAGCGAGUGCCACCAUUGACGAAGUGCACCGCAUGGAAGUGCACCGCAUGGAAGUGCACCGCAUGGAAGUGCACCGCAUGGAAGUGCACCGCAUGGAAGUGCACCGCAUGGAAGUGCACCGCAUGGAAGUGCACCGCAUGGAAGUGCACCGCAUGGAAGUGCACCGCAUGGAAGUGCACCGCAUGGAAGUGCACCGCAUGGAAGUGCCGACCGUUGCAAGCGGCAAAGCAAGAGGAGCCGGACUCAUGGCAAAGGAGGAGGGCGCGGACUCAGUGGCUCAAGCAGAGACCGCCCUUUUGGACCAUCUCUCCUCGUACCCCGCCUCUCCUUGCCCACCUCUUUUCCGCCCUUUUGAGAAGACUCUAGCCAAUCUGCGAGUGGUGGUGGCCACCAUGGGGCAGCCCUAUGGCGCGUCGUUGCGGCCCGACAGCUGGCGGUUCAUCCACGGCGGGAUAGCGCUCUGGCUGGACGUGAAAGGGAUAGCUCUCUGGCUGGACGUGAAAGGUGGGCAGGGGGAGGGGAAGGUGGGCAGGGGGAGGGGAAGGUGGGCAGGGGGAGGGGAAGGUGGGCAGGGGGAGGGGAAGGUGGGCAGGGGGAGGGGAAGGUGGGCAGGGGGAGGGGAAGGUGGGCAGGGGGAGGGGAAGGUGGGCAGGGGGAGGGGAAGGUGGGCAGGGGGAGGGGAAGGUGGGCAGGGGGAGGGGAAGGUGGGCAGGGGGAGGGGAAGGUGGGCAGGGGGAGGGGAAGGUGGGCAGGGGGAGGGGAAGGUGGGCAGGGGGAGGGGAAGGUGGGCAGGGGGAGGGGAAGGUGGGCAGGGGGAGGGGAAGGUGGGCAGGGGGAGGGGAAGGUGGGCAGGGGGAGGGGAAGGUGGGCAGGGGGAGGGGAAGGUGGGCAGGGGGAGGGGAAGGUGGGCAGGGGGAGGGGAAGCGCUCUGGCUGGACGUGAAAGGAGACUCUGAGAGCCCCCCGGACCCUCACUUUGCGGACAGAGCUGACGUGGCGAUCCGCCUGCACCUGCCAGCUGGCUGGAGCAUGGACGACGUUGUCAGUGCUGACGUGGCACGGGCGGCGGCGGAGGGGGCGCUGACAGCUGCCAAGGCGGCAUUGGACGCGGACCCACAGCUACCGGGGAAGAAGAGUCUAUACGUGAGAAUGGGGUGCAGGGGCGACUGGCCUGACCUCAUGCCACCAAGCUGGGACCCCAACGCCCAACCAGGCGAAGCAGAAGCAGCAGCUGCAGCGGAGGGAAGUGCUUAG